AUGUCGCUCCUUCCUAUGUUUCUCAAGGAAUUCGAAAUAGGAGGAAUAAAGAUUAACAUCGAGCAAGAAGGAAACGUAGGUAUUGGAGGCAUGGUCUGGGAUGCAGCUUUUAUUUUAAACUCCCCCCCCCCCUCCGUGAGCGAACAAAACCAUUAGAAAAAUCGCCAUUUUUUGACCAAAAACCCACCCUCCGUGAGUGAACAAAAAUUUUUUUUAAUAGAAAAAAUUUUAAUGGAAAAAAAUUUUGAUAUAUAAGUGAUAAUUAGUAUAAUGAAAUCUAGAGCUAAUUCUGUUUAAUUUUAAACAAAUUGCGUUUUAAAACAUAAAUUUUGCAAAUUAAAUUAAUAUUUGCUUCCCAAUUUUUGCAAAUUAGGAUUUUUUUAAAUUUCGAAAAAAAUAUUUUUUAUAAAAUUUAUAUAUAUAAAUUUUUUUUAAAAAAAAAAAAUUAACCCCCCUCCGUGAGCGAACAAAAUUUUUUUUGUUCGCUCACGGAGGGGGGGGGGGAGUAAGCAAGUUCUUAGCCAAGCAUCAAAAGCAUGUUUUCUCUAACGUGAAAAACGUUGUUGAGCUUGGCAGUGGGACUGGACUCUGUGGAAUUGCAACUGCCCUGCUUAAUCCGAAUUGCCAGGUUACGCUAACAGACCAUAGAUCUCAUAUCUCUUUAAUUGAUACGAAUAUAGACUGCAAUUGUCUGAAAAACGCAAGGAGUAAAGAACUAGACUGGUUCCAUCCGAGUAAUAUCGGGAAAUUUGAUUUAAUUAUAGGCACUGAUUUAGUCUAUGAUCCUACACUGUUUGGCCCACUCCUUGAUACACUUGAUAUAGUAUCAAAACCGAACUCUUUGAUUUUGCUGUGUAAUGAAGUAAGAAUGUCAAGGGAUUUAGAUUUUUAUAAAAUGGCACAGGAAAGAGGAUGGCAAGUGACUGUAAUUCCUUCAGAGUUUAGCGACCCUGAGAACAGAAACCCUGAAAGCCCAGUAAUCAGAUUUGUGAAAAAUUGGAAAUAA